UUGUGCAUUUGCAAACAUUACUGUAGUAACUUGUUUUUGUAUCUUGUUAUGAGGCAAUAAUAAUAAUAAUAAUAAUAAUAAUAAUAAUAAUAAUAAUAACCCUCUUCCUCUGUGUUUCAUGCACAGUAACACCUGAAUGAUUUGUUGAUUUGUUUUGGACAUCCAAAACAGCGAGAAGUAGAGAAUAGUUGUAAUAAAUCAAGCCUCUGCAUGCUCCAAAAGUGCACAUUACAGAAUGAGUAGCAAUAUUUCUAGAGGCCCACACAUCUAUUGGGUUUAGUGAGCGUGAUAUUUCCUGUUUGCUCAUAGCAACUUAACCACCGCUGUUCACCAGAAUAUCUCACUAAAAUUAGGUUAGGUAUUGGUACUUCUUAUGGGCACAUAAGUUUGCCUCAGUAAAAAAAAAAAAAAAAAAAAAAGAAGAAGGUUGUAUUAAGAGAAUCGAUGUACUCCAAUCUAAAGAAAGAUUAAUAAAUAAAUAAAUAAAAUAAAAGGAACUGUCAUUGUGAGUCAGAAUCAAGUCUGAAUAAAUCCUCCCUGACCUCACACAAACUAUUAAUACUUACAUCCUUAUUCGGUGUACCUCUUCUCUCAUUCAAGUCUUUAUACCUUUCCCCCUUGAGCUUGGCUUCUUCCUAAUCUGUAACUAACAUAUUGUUUUCUGGCCUCUUCUUCCCCCACUGUGGCUUUGUGACACUUCCUUUUUUAUUUGUGAGCAUGCUCUCAGUUCAGUGAGAUCAUAUGCUACAAAUAAGUGUCCGUACUGAAGCCCAACCCACUACCUAAUGGUUUAUAAUCGAGCAAAAUCUCACGCUGUUGCCAGAGUCGUUACUGUCUGCUAGGAUAGCAACAUGGAACAGGAGAGUUUUCUCAGCGGGGGUGUCGCCUUGGUUCACACUGUGGUCGACGGCAAGCACUGUUAUGAAGUGGAUAAUGUUUUGACCAGUACGCCUAGUGAUUUUGGCAGGAAAGGGGACAAGCUCCUGAUGAUAAAUGAUGUCGAAACUCAGCAUUUGCCUCCGAAUGUGUUCGCCAUGAUGCUAAGCUCAGGGUCUCCACUCCUGACUUUGCACCGGGUGAGUGUCGAUGAGGCACAGAAGAAAUCCCCAGUGUCUGAAAGCAUGAGACCCUACCACAGGGAAAUGACCGUUUUAGACUUCAGUCUGGCCAUGGUUAGACAAACAUGUCUGGAUAAAGAUGAAGAAAACCCACAGGUGCCAGAAGAGUGUGACGCGGAGAGCGGUGAUAUGGAAGGCGUUUCUUUCACGAACAAGGAAGUUCUGCUCGUGUCCAUGACUAACACAAGUGUAGCGAUUCUGCAAGCACGAGGAUGCGACACCCAAAACCCCUGCAGCAGCUGUGGUGCCGCAGGGUGCACCCUCAGUGACUUUGUUGUGGCUACUAAGCAGACUAAGGUCACAUCAGCUUACAGAGAAUAUAUUCGAAAACGUUUCGAAAAAGGUCAAGUUUUGAUCCAGAGUUUACUGCAAAAGGCCAUCUGUCCUGAAAAUAUCCAUCAACGAGAACUGCCUUGCAUGAGUAAUGCCACCACAGAGAACAUCACAAUCUACUACUAUAUGUCAAAUGCAGCAGAAGAUUUCGAUAAAGGCGUUCCUGUUGUUUUGAACUUCAGCGGCUCGACCAACUUCCUUAAAUGCGUGUGUGAGAACGGCAGACCAGCUUUGACUGUUGAGUGCUGCGACAAAAGCAAGCUGCAGUCUAUCUGUAAGGAUGACCCGAGCACGUGGCCUUUUGUCUUCUACCUGAAAACUACAAAGGACAACCACCGUCGCUUUGAGUCGGCUGCGUACAGUGGUUGGUUCAUCCACACCAAACCUUCUGGCUUGGUCUGCGUGGACCAAGGAACAAAUUACAGGGAGAGUAACUUCUACAUCAUCAUCCAGUUAGGAAACAAAUAAAAACAUUUCUUAGAUAUUUAGACCCCUAAACUUGGGUUGUGGGUUUCAGCUACAACAUAUUCAAAUUGGUAAGAGGUAUGAAUUCGUGAUCAUCAGAAUAAACACAACGGUGCUGAGAUCUGACAUUAAUCAAGCCAAUGAUAUUUUUCUCUCAUUAUAAUUCAAGUCACACUUGACUUAAAAUGUUACUCAUUUUAAUUACUGUAAUUAUUAGUGGCACUAGCCUUCUAGUAAUGUCUUGUAUAUACGAAGCAAUUUUUGAUCAGCAUUAAAUGCCCACUUUUACUCCGAGCUGAUGUGCGACUUUUAACUGCUAUUGCAGUAUUACGUAAAUAUGUAUCAUAUCACCAUUUAUUGAUUUUUACACAUUUUUUUCACAUUCAUUUUUAUAGCAUGUGCUUUUCUUUGAUACAUCUGUUAAAUUGUAUUGUGCACGAGUUUAUUCUGUAUCAAUUCUGAAUGUUCUCGUUAAGAAUGAAGAAUUUAGUGCUCCGAGAAUAUGUUAUAUAAAGUUAAUGAAUGUUGUUUUUGUGCUUCGUGCUUAACUGGCAUUAUUAUUUUUUUAUGCUGUUAUAGUAGUGAAAAGUGUUUUAUACCAAUAUCUAUAGUCCUAUUGAAUAUUUAUAUCUACUGUAUUCACACAAUACAUCAUGUCAAUUGGCUAACUCUGCAGUUUUGUACACAUUAAUGUUUAUGGCUUUCAGAUAAUAAAGAAAUGUAUAAGUGUGUUUUCA